AUGCGAUCCCUUUGGCAAUUCCUCCACACUCACAACAUCAGCCAAUAUUACAAUGUAUUUAUCCAAGCAGGAGCCACCGACGACGACUUGAAUCAGUUACUGCAUUUCAACGAUCAAGAAUUAGACGAGUUUCUGCAAGCCAUCAAUGUGCUGCCAUUUCAUUGCAUCAAACUGAAAUGCGCCUUGCGUGAAUUGCGACUUCGGGAGCAGGUGGACCAUUCCCCACCACAAUCACCAUCGUCUUUCACCCGUCCAGCUUUGGCGUCUUUAUUGAACAAUGAUGAUGAUGCGGCAUUCGCAGUUGAGCGUCCGCCUUCGCCGCCUCUUUCUGCCAGUCCUAGCCAUACCGUCUCUUGCAAUGAGAAUGCUCCAUCCCAUGAUGUAAUAUCGCGUCAAAUUAUCCUAUCGCAUGCUGUUAUUUAUGGCAAAAAUAAUUCUCGAUCAUUGACAUCGUACGAAAUAGCCAUCAAUCAGGCUGCAGCGGCGUUGGCGCUCGAUGAUCCAUCCUUAAUCAAGCAAAAGGGCCAGCUAUUCCAGUUGGCUAAGCAACGGUUGUUAGAAGACGGUUAUCAAUAUAGGCGAGGCCACAGCCGUUCCAAAUUGACGGAUGCUCUACCACAAAUCAAAGAUCGAAGAAAAUCUGCAUGCCUUGGCAAACUCAAAAGACGCGAACAUGCCAGACGAAUGUCUGAAGAACGAUUACGAAAGAUUCGACUGUUAGAUGAACAAGUACGGGCUGUUUCGACAGACAUACAACGCUGUCAUGCCGAAAUUUGUCGCAAUCAGACCAAUCAAGUUGAGGUGGCUCCCAGCGCGAUUGAAAUCCAGUUGCGUCAGCAUCAGGACAAGCGUUCGCGCUUAGUCCGAGAAUUGCGAAAAUUACGAUCUCAAGAACGGAAACAUCAAUGGUACGAAAGGCGCAAAGCACAUGAUUCAGGUUCAUUCAUCACUUGCGACCAUCCAUCCACAUAA